GUACCACGUCGUUCACAUCGCCAGCACACAACAUACGCCGAAAGCACUUCCGGCAAUAGCUUAACCACUAAACACAAAUUACUCAUCAUGAAUCCAUUGGAACGUGCACCUGGUCCAUCGCGGCGCAACAACGGUCAUCGUCGACCAAAUACCACGCAAGUAGAUACACCAUCUAGCUCUAGGGCUAGUCAGCGCCGCAAGAAAUCACGCUCCCCGGACGCUAGGAACUCUCAGCUCCAAGUUGCCACGCAGAGAUAUGAGCCAGCUCAACUCGACGCAGGAAAGAAGAAGAAAUCGGCUAAUCCUGUGCCUUUCGAUAGCAGACCCUUUCUGGUACCACAUGACGAUGCCAAUUCUGAGAGAGGUCGGAAGUACAAGUCCAAAUCUCGUCAGCAAGGUCGCCAGGGAGCAGAGCACCCUGCUACUGCAUCAGCUCUUGCCGUAGAGAACAGGCCCAAGAAAGAUAGAUCCAAGUCCAGAGACUCGGCCCACAGACAGAUUUACAAAGCCCCUGCAUCCGACUCUGAAGGCGUUCAGGCGCUCGUGGACCUUCACCUUGAAUACCAAGGUCCGCUCGCAGCCGCUGAAUUUGCCAAGCUUAAGCGAGAACUUGAAACGUGGAAGAAACUCGCUCAUGACAACAAGAAGACAAUAAAGAAGCAGAAUAAGAUGAUUGAAGACCUCCGUCAGAAAGCAAGUGCAAAUGAGAAGAAACUGAAGGAGACGGAAAGUCAAGUGAGCAAGGCACAAACCAAGGUGAAGAAGUCUGAAGAUGCCAUUAGUAAUGUCGAAACGAAUCUUCAAUGCCAAAUUUGCAUGGAGUUGUUACUCAAGCCAUAUGCAUUGUCACCAUGCGGCCACGUUCUUUGUGUUUCGUGUCUGCAGGAGUGGUUCAAGAAAGCACCCCCCAGCGAUGAUGAAAUGUACGACGACGAUCCUGAUUACCUGCUCUACCGCAAGAAGACCUGUCCAUGCUGUCGUGGAAAUAUUCGCAACCGGCCCAUUCCCGUUUUCAUCGUCAAAUCCAUUGCAUCCACAUUGUUGAAGGUUCGAGGAUUAUCUCCCAACACCUCGUCGCCCACGACGGGAUCCCCUGCCGCUGACACAGAUCCGUGGGAAGGUCUAUUCCCGCCUGACGACGAAAUAGAGGAUUACGGGAGCGAGGACGAUGAUGACGAAGAUGAUGACGACGAAGAUGACGAUUGGCUGGAUGACGAUGUGUUCAGUUACGGUACGGGCAGUGAUGGAGAACCUUACGAUGGCGACUACGUUCUCCCUCAGUGGGCACCACCAGGAGCCGCCAUUGACGAAGAGGACUAUCUCUUCGAUCAUUUGAGCCGCGGUGACCUCAACGUCCUUCGGCGUGGUGCUACGCUCGGUAUGCUGCAUGAAUACGACAUGUGGUACGUACAUGAUGAAGGACUUGUCGCGCACGACGAGCUCAACAAUCGCAUCUUCCUCGGGUGGAAUAUCUCACUCAGCGCAGAUGAUGAAGAUGGUUCGAGGUACAUUCAAUGGGUCACGGAGGACAUGGAUGAGCACCCGGAACGCUGGAGAAUGGUGCAUCUUGACAGUGGGAAGUAUGAGGCACAUCGGCUCAUUCCAGAGGAUGAUGUGUGCGAUUACAGUGACUCCGACUCUGAUCACUACAUGGCAGAGUCUGACGGUGAAUUCUAAUGACGUUCACAGACGCUACCGUUUCAGCAAACUAUCAGCAGACAUUUUUGACUCCGUUGUAUAUACCUGGGUUUUAAUCCCUGUUAAGGUCCUUCCGACUCCUGUCAGCUUGUAGAUGUUUUCAAUUGUCAAUCGUGUAUACUACACACAUGUUCAAUAUCCCCCUAUAAUAUUUGUACAUUACCAAGCCGUUCAUGAUUUUUCUCUUUCUUAUUCCGGACCU